AUGGCGGCAGCUCCGCCGCUCUCCAAGGCCGAAUAUCUGAAGCGUUACUUGUCCGGGGCAGAUGCCGCCGUCGGCGGGGGCCCUGAGGCCAAUCGCAAGCGUCGCAAAAAGCGGCCGAAGCUAGGCGGGGCCGGUGGCAAAGGAAUGCGGAUUGUAGAUGAUGAUGUGAGCUGGACUUCUAUCUCCACCACUAAACCUGAAAAGGAGGAUGAGGAAGAUGAUGGAGAUUUGCCUGUGGUGGCCGAGUUUGUGGAUGAGCGGCCAGAAGAGGUGAAGCAGAUGGAAGCCUUUCGUUCCAGUGCCAAGUGGAAGCUUUUAGGAGGUAACAAGGAAGACAUAUCCCCACAGAGAAAUUUCCAUCAUGAUACCCCAGAUUCAUCUCCUCCAACGAAGGUCCGUCACGACACCCCAGAUCCAUCUCCUCCGAGGAGGGCCCGUCACGACACCCCAGAUCCAUCUCCUCCGAGGAGGGCCCGUCAUGACACCCCAGAUCCAUCUCCUCCGAGGAGGGCCCGUCACGACACCCGUGAUCCUUCUCCCCUCAGGAAGUCUCAUCGUCAUUCUUCAGGUAUAUCUUCUAGGAAAGCUUGUCAUGACACACCAGAUUCAUCUCCUCUUAGGCGGGCCCGUCACAGUUCCUCAGAUCUCUCUCCCCCACGAAGGACCCGUAACAGCUCCCCUGACACAUGUGAGCGUAAAAGAACUGACUCCUUGGACACAUCGCAGCUCAGGAGGGUCCGACACGACUCCCCUGAUUUGGAUCCUAAUGUCCCUCAGUCACUGCCCAGAACAAAAAGCACUAGAGCACCAGAUGCUACCUCUAGUAAACCUCCACAUCGGAAAGGACCAGGCUCUUCUCCAUCACUCCCAAAGAACAACAAAAAUGAACAUGACUCGGAUAUCUCUCCUCCACGAAAAAAGCGAGCAAAAUCCAAUUUUGGAAAUAAGCAGCAUGAUUCUAAAGGGCACUUGGAUUCUGACUCGGAUCUUUCACCUCCGCGGAAUAGGCCUAGACACCAGAGCUCUGACUCUGACCUCUCUCCACCAAGGAGGAAACGGAGGGCCAGUUCUGAUUCUGAUCUGUCUCCACCUCGAAGAAGUCAACCACCUGGGAAGAAGGCUGCACGCAUGUAUUCUGGCGCUAAAACUGGGUUGGUGUUAACUGACAUGCAGCAAGAGCAGCAGGAACUCAAGAAACGAGAACAGGAAACCAUGGCAUUUGAAGCUGAAUUCCAGUAUGCUGAAACUGUAUUUCGAGAUAAAUCUGGUCGUAAGAGGAAUUUGAAACUGGAACGUUUAGAACAAAGGAGAAAAGCAGAGAAGGACUCGGAGAGAGAUGAGCUGUAUGCCCAGUGGGGAAAAGGGCUUGCCCAGAGCCGGCAGCAGCAACAAAAUGUGGAGGAUGCAUUGAAGGAAAUGCAGAAACCUCUGGCCCGCUACAUUGAUGAUGAAGAUCUGGACCGGAUGCUGAGAGAACAAGAAAGAGAAGGGGACCCCAUGGCCAACUUUAUCAAGAAGAAUAAGGCCAAGGAGAAUAAGAAUAAGAAAGUGAGACCUCGCUACAAUGGCCCAGCACCUCCUCCCAAUAGAUUCAAUAUCUGGCCUGGAUAUCGCUGGGAUGGAGUAGACAGAUCCAAUGGAUUUGAACAGAAGCGCUUUGCCAGGCUUGCCAGCAAGAAGGCGGUAGAGGAACUUGCCUAUAAGUGGAGUGUUGAGGACAUGUAACUUUCUGAGGCUGUAGGGUGGUGAUGGGUGUGGCAGAGGACACAGGGCAGCCAGACGUCCAGCAGUAGCUGUUGUCUGUGCUCAUAACUGGUCCACAGAGACCAAAACUGCUCGAAUGCCACUUCUGCCUG